AUGUCUAAACUCUCUGUCGCUUUCGUCGCACUUGCAGCACUAGUAAAUGCUGCUAACUACAAACGUGUUACUUGCCCAGAUGGGGUCAAUACCGCAACCAACGAGGCGUGCUGUCCAUUCUUCGCGCUCAGAGAUGACCUCCAGGCGAAUUUGUUCAACAAUACUUGCGGAGAAGACGUGCACGAAACGUUGCGACUUACCUUCCAUGAUGCUAUCGGCUUUUCCUCUUCUGGUGCACUCUCUGGGGGUGGUGCUGACGGCUCCAUCAUACUCUUCUCCGGCACCGAGCUUGCGUUUGUUGCAAAUGCUGGUGUUGACGAUGGCGUGGAUGCGCUCGCGCCAUUCUUGCAGACCCAUAACGUCACUGCUGGUGACUUGAUCCAGUUUGCAGGUGCGGUGGGAACUACAAACUGUCCUGGAGCCCCAAAGUUGCAGUUCCUUGCAGGUAGAGCAAACGCGACUGCUCCCGCCUCGGACGGGACCGUCCCACUGCCGCAAGAUAGCGCAGAUUCGAUUCUUUCUCGAAUGGCCGAUGCAGGUAUCUCCAACUUAGAGGUCAUCCAUUUGCUUGCGUCGCAUAGUAUCGCUCGUUCGGAUACACUCGUCCCGAAUCAUACGGCUGUACCAUUCGAUACGACACCGUUUACAUUCGACCCACAGAUCUUUUUGGAAGUCUUGCUUAAAGGCACUGGCAUCCCAUUCGGUGUGAACAAUACCGAUGGUGCAGAGGUGGACUCGCCUCUCCCCGAUGAAGGCGAGAUGCGCCUUCAGUCAGAUUUCGUACUCUCGCGCGACUCUCGCACAGCUUGUGAAUGGCAGUCUAUGAUUGCGGAUCAACAACUUAUGAUGAGCAACUUCCAGUCAGCGAUGGCGAAGAUGGCUGUCAUUGGGUUCGAUAGCAGCACACUUGUUGACUGUUCGGAAGUCAUCCCAGACCCAAUUGCUCCUGUUGGAUCUGCUGCUGUGUUCCCUGCUGGCACGAGCCAAGACGACGUCGAACAAGCAUGCACGUCUGCAUUCCCAUCGCUGUCCACAGAUGCAGGCUCAGCGACGCAAAUUCCGGCGUGCCCUGACGGAGACCUCAACAUUAAUGACUGUCCGUCUUGA